AUGAAUGACUCGCCACCUUUUACGAUCCCCGACAGGGUCUCAUCUCUGAUGUCGACAGAGCGACAUGACAAGAUCAAGCAGUAUAAAAUGCGAUCUGUUAGCGUGGCCUCCCGAGUCUCCGAGAUCUCUCAAACCGCCGAUGACUCGACAGUACCAAAAUUCAUCUCCGCCAAGAUCGAUGAGCUCGCAAAUGAGACAGAAUGGCUUUGUGAAGUAACAGACUCUUGUGCUGAUGCCAGAGCUGCCGGGUCGAUCAGCCAGGCUGAAUACGAUGCGAAGGUGGAUCCUUUGCUCACAAAAUUUCGAUCUAUGACUUCCAUACUCGCCAGCCUUAGGCGCCAACGGAGAGUGCUGAGUGAGGACCUGAAGGAUGCCGUGGAAACCCAGAAGCGGCGCAGACAUGAGGGGCCACCUGACGCAGGACUUCUCGAGAGAGCCUACGCAGAAGCGAUCGUCACACAGAUCAUGAAAGCUGAUGGCAAUCUACCCGCAUCGCCCUUCAAUAAGAGAGAGUUUAAGAGGGCUGUCAAUGAUUAUUAUGGCGUUGCUGAAUAUUCUGAUCAGACGUGGUGCCAUGUCCUGGGGAGACAUCUGGAGCGCAAGUCCGUGAAGGCGGCCCAUAUAGUGCCCAAAUCUAUGGACCUAUCACAAUUAGCACAUCUGUUUGGCGACCAAGACGCUGUCACCACGCUUCCUCAAAACGGACUCUCCUUGCACCACAAGGUAGAAAAUCUACUAGACAAAGGAGAUAUAGUCAUCGUCCCAAUGCCUGGCAAUCUCACAAGUCCAACGUCAUGGAAGUGUCUCGUUAUCAACGAAACGAUAAAGGAACACACUGUCUAUACUUCUGACCGACAGAAAGGGGAGGAAAGAAAAAUUAUUCGAGUCAAGGAUCUUGACGGUCGCCAAUUGGACUUUUUGUCCGACAAUCGCCCACGUCGUCGAUACCUCUACCUGCAAUUCAUCGUCUCAUACUUGUGGGCAAAGAAACGUGAACUUCCCAAUAUAGCUGAAAAGGUCGAGACAAGGAAAUUCUGGCCAUCUGGCGGUGACUAUCUCCGCAAGUCGACCCUUCAAACUAUGGCUCGAUGCAUAUCGGGUUGUGAGAUUCCGGAUAAUCUCCUCUCCGGACAAACAUUUGAGGAAUCCAUCGCAUCGUCCCAAGAUGUUCAAGCAGGCAUGCUUCUGGCCGCAGAUGUCAAAUGUUUACCAAUUAGAGAUUCUAGUAGGCCUGACCUUAUGGGUGCACUAUCUACGGCUAUUAUGAAGAACGGUUAG